ACGGAGCGCCUGUCUGAGUUGGUCACCAUGCUGCGCAUCAUGGGCGGCACCGACGGCGCCUCCAAGUACAAGAAGCUCCUGGGCACCAAGCGUUCGGAGCAGAAGGUUGAGCCCCCUUGUUUGCGGGCGUUGGAGGGUAAGCUCGGCAAUGCUGUGUCGUACUAUGAGCGCCUGCAGAGCAACUUGGCCGCACAGUGUGAGAUUCCGAUCGAGGACAUCUUGGAGGGUGAGGGGCCCCCCACUAAAUUGGACUCACUGCUGGCGCCUGAGUCUAAGUGCGAUCUGCCGGCCGAGGACAAGGAGGAGGCCGCCGUCCGCCUCAAGUGCUUGCAGCAAGCGGUCCAGCAGCAGGUGCAGCAGUUGUUCGGGGCCGCCGCCGAGCAGGCCGCGCAGUUCCGUGAGGAGCAAAAGCAGCAACUCGAGCGUCUCGCGUGCAAGAAGCGGAGGGUCGCCGAGGAGCAGCCGCCAGCGGACGUCCUUGGGAGGGCCAGGCCGAGCCUCCCGCAGCUGGGGGCGCCAGCGAGCCCGAGAGCGUCAAAGGAGUUGCAGCUGGAGCUGGGGAUGCGGCUGCCACCCCAAGCGGAGCGGCUUGAAGGGGGCAAGUGCAUCGGCGACCGCAUGAAUAUGAUCAGCUACCUG